AUGAAAUCCUUUGCCAUCACCCUUCUCGCUGGCUUGACCGCUGCCUCUCCUAUCAUCGUCACCGAGUCUGCGGCGAUUAAGCUUCAAGCUCGCCAGCUUAGCACAACCAGUACGGAGCUCGAAGACGGCAGCUCUUCCGCAUGCCCGAAGGCUAUCUUAAUCUUCGCCCGAGGAAGUACUGAGGAUGGUAAUUUGGGCCCCUUAGGUGUAUCCCUUGGCAAUGCCCUCGAGAGCAACUAUGGCGCCGCAAAUAUCUGGGUCCAAGGCGUCGGUGGCCCAUAUGACGCCACCCUUGCAGACAACCUUUUGUCCCGAGGGACGUCCGCCGCUGCCAUCGCAGAGGGUGUCCGCCUGCUCAACCUGGCAAAUAGCAAAUGCCCUAAUUCCAAGACCGUCACCGGAGGCUACUCUCAGGGCUCUGCUCUGAUCGCCGCUGCCUUGACAGACGUGACCGCCGCCGUUCGCAACCAAGCGAUUGGAACUGUCCUCUUCGGCUACACUCAGAAUAAGCAGAACGAUGGUGGCAUUCCCAACUACCCGUCGGAUAGACUCAAGGUCUUCUGUGCAGACGGAGAUCUUGUCUGCGAUGGUACCCUCCUCAUCACUAGCGCCCACUUCUCUUAUGACGACGACGCAGCCAACGCGGGCCCAGCGUUUUUGGAGAGCAAGAUUGGUGCUUGAUAUGUGUCUCUGUGGCGUUGGUCGUAUACGAUGUUCUUAUCCGGACUUAAUUCACCGUAGUGUACCUGGAUCCAGUAAGAGCCGCAACAGUUUCGUAGUCUGGGUCCAUUGUAAUGAAGCUGGUGUUCUUGAUCGAGCUUGACACGUGAACUGUGACACUGGCGCAUAUCAGCAUGCUCCUAAAUGUUUCUUGUCCGAC